UAAAUGUUUUUUUUAUUCUGUGUAGUCAAACAGCAGUUACCUUGCCAGCUACAUCAGUCAAAUAAAGAGUAGAUUGUUUCUGUUCAGCUUGCUUUUACAUGGUGAGAAAAGCUUGCUGUGCAUGGUGAGAAAAAGCUCACCACGCACAGAGACAGCAGCUGCAGACAGCAGCACUGUACCUUUCAGACUUCACACAGCCUGUCCGCACGCUCUGUCGGGUCCAAGUGGUCCUAAAUUCAGCCAUCCGAAACCGCCAAACAACCUACCCGAGGGCUCUGAGGCGUCCGCAUGGUCCUAAAGCACACCGAUGCCGCUUUUAGUAUCACAGUGCAUUAAUAAAACUGGGGGGACAAAAAUGCAAUUUUAGAAUGUGGGGGUGGGGGUCAUGUCCCCCCAUCCCCAAUGAAAGUUCCGCCCCUGGAUGCAAUGGUGUCUUUCACUAAUUAGGUGACUGAAAGCAUUUCAUAUUCAGAAUCAUUGAGCUUCACUAAUCACACUGUACAUAUCAAAGCUGAGGUUGUAGCCUAUUAUGGUCUUUUGAGAAAUAAUAGAAUAAGGACAUGUAGAAUAAACUGAACAUUUAUUAUAAAUGUGAAAACAUAACUCAUAAAUGUAUUUAUGCAUUUAUGAACAUGCAAGUCAUUUUGCAUGACAAAUAUUCCCCUAUCACAGCAAUUGUGUUUGAUCACAUUCUUUCAUUCCUGUGUGUGUCAGUGUGUGUGCGCUUAUUCGUUAGCGUGUCUUCCCGUGUAUCCUCUCCUCUCCCUCACUGCGCUGUAUGUUUGGUGUGCUCCAGUUUCUCCUUCACCCCGGUACACUUCAGUAAGAGCUCUGCGUACCUCUCCUCUAGGCCAUCUGAGGCAUGCACCUUCUCCUCAAAGUCCCUCAGAAGGGUAUCGUUGCCCAGCAGGCCAGGUUCUCCAUGCGGAGGCCGUCCCUGGCCUACUUGGUCUUGGUCAGCACGUCCUGGCCACCACCGCCUCCUCGUCGGCCUGGUUCUCCAUCUGCACAAACUGGAGCUUUUCCUUCACGUGGGCCAGUACCUGGACAGUGCUGGUGAUCUUCUUGCACAGUUUGAGGAACUCCUUGUUGCGCUCCUCUAUCUUCUCGUUCUUGUAUGCCUGGUUCUCGAUCUUCAUCUGCUCGAAGUCGAUGAGGUGCAGGUCCUCGACAAACUCCUCCUUGCAAUCCACCUUCUCCUGGCUCUGCUGCCGCAGCUCCUCGGCCUGCUGCUUGUCCGCCUCCACGUCACGCCGGUGCUACCACUUCAGGUCCUCCAUGAUGGCUAUUUACUUCUGGUAGCGCUGCUCCUGGUCAGACACGGACUUCUCCUACUUAGGACGUGCGUCGUAACCCGUCUUCUUGCGGACAUACUCCACCCGCUUGAUCCGGAGCUGACCUCUGACCUGGCUCUGUUUCUCCUUCUCCACCUGCAGGUCUAUGAAGAAGUUAAUGUAGUCUUCGUAGUCGAUGCUGGGGCCUUACUUUUCUUCAACCUGAACAGGACUGCGGGAGCUCCCUCUCGUGGGUCCCUGGGUCUAGUUUGGCCGGUCCGUUUUCAUCAUCGUCGUUAUCGUCGCCAUUUUUGAGUGUAAAACUCCACUCGCGGGAGAGAGGCUUCAUCUCCGGGCCCUUUCCCUCAAUGUCUAGCUCGUGGGUAGGUUUGCUUAUGUGGGUGACUCAUCUCUAGCGCCUGGCUGAAAUGCUGCUGAGUUCCCUCCCUCUGUCUCAGUGUAACUGAUGUGAAAUGGCUCGCUAGUUAGCGCUGCGCGCUAGUAACGUGUCAAUGUGGGUGACUCAUCUCUAGCGCCUGGCUGAAAUGCGGCUGAGUUCCCUCCCUCUGUCUCAGUGUAACUGAUGUGAAAUGGCUCGCUAGUUAGCGCUGCGCGCUAGUAACGUGUCAAUCGGUGACGUUCAAUUGGUGCCCUGCAAGGGCAGCGGCUUUUGUGGGGCGAUAGGUAAAGAUGCUUUGCGAGUGACUGUUGUCGAUGAGUGCAGAGGUUCCCUGGUUCAAGCCCAGGUUGGGGCGAGGAGAGCAAUGGAAGCAACAUCAGUUGAGGUGCAAUCUGUUUCCUGUUCAGGUGAGGCUUUAUCAGACUCCACUAACCCGCCCUCCUCAUCUGCAGAGGUAUCAGCUUUAUUCUUACUGUCAUCAACAUUAGGGGAUUUGCCCUCCUCCGAGGGCUCUACAGCUUGUGUCUUCUGGAGUUGUUCAUUGUUCCUCAGCUCUGUGUUUUCAGGGCUAUAUGAUUGGACCCAGGGUCAUUGUCUUGUUGCUCUGCCUCCGCAUCCAUGGGAAUGUAGUAUUCCUGACAAAAAAAAAGCUAGAAAAUCACAUAAGUAUGUCAAUGAAGUCAAUGAACUGAGCAUGUAAGCCAAUCACAGGCGUUUGCGCCAAGCGUAUCAAUAUUAAUGAGACGCAGUUGUGAGACUCCAGUACGCAUGCCCUCCCCGCGCGACACUGCUGCUUCCAACAACAAGCAAGAAGCCAGCAACAUGGCCGACCUAGGAAAGAAGUACUGCGUAAACUGCCUUGCAGACGUUACGAAUCUGAGACUUCGCUGUACUGACUGCCCAGAUAUCGAACUGUGUCCGGAAUGCUUCUCCGCGGGUGCAGAAAUCGGUAAUCAUCGGCGAUGGCACGGUUAUCAGCAAGUCGACGGCGGGCGCUUCACACUCUGGGGUCCCGAAGCGGAGGGAGGAUGGACUAGCAGGGAAGAGCAGUCGCUACUCGAUGCGAUCGAGCAAUAUGGCUUUGGAAACUGGGAGGACAUGGCCACUCACGUGGGGGCGUCUCGGACCCCCCAGGAAGUCAUGGACCACUACGUCAGAAUGUACAUUCACGGCAACCUGGGCAAGGCCUGCGUCCCCGAAAGUAUCCCCAACCGGGUAACGGACCACACCUGUCCCAGCGGUGCCCCCCUGUCCCCCAGCCUCACCACCCCCCUGCCCCCGCUGGACGUGACCCUGGGCGAGCAGCAGCAGCUGGGCUAUAUGCCCCUUCGCGACGACUACGAAAUCGAGUAUGACCAGGAGGCAGAGAAGCUCAUCAGCGGCCUGUCAGUCAACUACGACGAUGAAGACGUGGAGAUUGAAAUGAAGCGGGCGCACGUGGACAUGUACGUGCGCAAGCUGCGGGAGCGUCAGCGCCGCAAGAAUGUGGCCCGCGACUAUAACCUGGUUCCCGUCUUCCUUGGGCGAGAUAAGAAGGACAAGGAGAAGCCAGGCACGCUGGGAGUUGUAGGUGGCGGGGGUAGUGUUGGCGCCGUCGGAGUGGGAGGAGGAGUAGUGGGGACCCUUCUGAUGCUGACCAAUCCCAUUGUGACGCCGGGAGCUGCAGCCGUUCCUACAGUGCCAAAGCGUAAGAUCACCAAGGAGGAGAAGGAGCAGCGGGUCAAGUUACGGGGGAUGUGCCAGUUCAUGGCUCUGCGGGAGUUUGAGGACUUCUUUGACAACAUACACAAGGAGCGCGUGCUGCGAGUCAAGGUACGAGAGCUGCAACGAUACCGCCGCAACGGCAUCGCACGACUGGACGAGUCGGCCGAGUACGAGUCGGCGCGGCACAAACGGGAGAAACGCAAGGAGAACAAGAGUGUGGCUACCUCCAAAACAGGCCGAGGCGGCGGGCUCGGCACUGGGGGAGGAGGGGGGGGGCUUGGAGGAGGGGCGGGAGGUGUAGGAGUGGGCGGUGGCGCCAUCAAAGAGGAGGGCAAGGAAGGCGAGUUUGCGGCCAUUGAGAACCUGUCCGGCUUUGAACUGCUCUCGGACCGGGAGAAGGUGCUGUGUAACACGCUCAACCUCAGCCCCACGCGCUACCUGACCGUCAAGACCAUCAUCAUCAAGGACCACCUUCAGAAGCGCCAGGGCAUCACCUCCAAAAGCCGCCUGCCAGGCUACUUGGACAAGGUGCUCAAGAAACGCAUCCUCAGCUUCCUCACAGAGAGCGGCUGGAUAUCCCGAGACAUGUCCUAACAGUCCAUCGGGUUUGUAGGAACUGGACCUGGGCAGUGUCCUAACAAUGUGUGUAUGGAGUUUGUGGGGACUGAGGAUUACAGAAGGAUCAUGACUCUGUUCUCCGUUGGAUUGUUGCGUCUCCGUGUGUCUUGUUAGAAACGAUGUGAGAUUUGCACUCGUAAGCUCCACAUAGACCAAGCUAUUGGAUUUUACCACCUUUUGUCUCGUUUUGUCCAACGUCAUCGACCACAGGACUGUUUGUGAAUAUGUACAUUGCAAAGAAUAAGGAUUUCCACUUUCUUAAAAAAAAUAACGUUUGUAUACCAUUUACAGGGGAGGGAUGAACAGAUAUAUAUUUUUGCAUUUGAAUCCAUAUGAAUGAUAAUGUAUUCGUAUGGGUAGAUGAUACAGGGUCUUUGUAUUGAAACUCCAGUGAAGGAUCGCCUAAUGCUGCUGGGCAAACCAGACAACACUGUCUUCAAAGCUGUUCUCAAAGUAUAAAUUGUUACAUAUAGUUUGCCUCCAGCUUCUUUGUAGCCUGGUCCCAAAUUAGUUGGUGCUGUCUAGCCAACUCCUAUGGUCAUUGACCAGACAACACCAACAGAUCUGGGACCAGGCUAGCUUCCUUUAGGUCAGGAUGUAGUUUUGGAGAGCACAAGUUAGUGCCUAUUCAAACAGCAAUACAGUCACACUGUGCUGGAACGCAGGGGGUAUAUCAUCUUAUUCUUCCCAUGAAGAGAUGAAGGCCGGCAAAGCAUACAGGAGUCAGUAUUUGGCAGCUAACGCUCUCGUAGAGUACUGCAGUAAUCCCCGUUUUGACUCUUGUCAAAACUUUGUGGCUGUCUAACUUAGGAUGGCAGGCUCAGAAUUAGCACUAUGAGAGGAAUAGCCUAACUUCUCAACUAUUCUGUUCCAUCCCCUGCACAAUUUCUGAUUCUAGUAGGCUGUUCACUAAGAUAAGAAAAGUAUGAACUUUUAAAUGUUUAUAUAUGGGCAUUAACCAAUGACAUGUGUACAAUCCUUAAGCACAAAUCAAAAAUCUCUUGUUUGCCAAAUGAGCAUAUAGGCUAUCACUAGUUUUUUUUACUACCCUGUUCCAUCACAGGUUUAUGUUUGCCAGUUUGGAUGUUAUGGUGUAAAACCGUAUGAUGGCCUGUCAGACAGUUUUUUUAAAACUUCUUAAUGAAUAUGUGGUGCAUGAUUAUUGUCUUCUUAUCACCGGUUGCUUGCUGUUUUUGUUUGCCAGUGUGUCACUUAUUCAAAGGGAGUAAAGUCAUAUUUAAAUGUUUUGAAGACCUGCUACAUUUGCUCCAUCUAACUUCCUGGUUCAUUGUUUUUAUUUUUUAUUUUUUUACAGUCACAGCAUUCAUAUAGGCUACUGUACACAUCACAUGGCCUUGCCAAGUACAAUGGCCUUGCCAAGUACAAUAUCAAAGUGCAGGAAUAAUCUGGUAGAGUAAAGGGACGACUGCCUCAGAAAAGCUUGGUUGCUGUUAGACAUUGAUGUUUUCCAUUGACAUCAAAUGUGUUUGUUCCCAGCACAGGUACUUUGAAGUGUCCACUGGCACCUUAUCUUUCUGACGUCCAGUUAGCCUGUUUUAACAUGGACAAGGUGAACUACUGCAGGGAUAUAAAUGUGGUUUGGGUGUAGAGAAACAGUGUUGAGGAGUAUCAAGUUUGACGCUGGGAAGUAGAUGUAAUGAUCGCAGACCAGCGGAGGACAGGCUCCUCCUAUAGCUCCUCCCACCAGGCUCCUCUGUCACACGUACAGGCCUUGGUGUUAUCCCCACCAUAGUACAUUUGAUCAUACCACAGAAGUAAUAAAAGCAAUAUUUUUUAUUUAUGCUUCCUCAUAAGCUUGAAAGUAUCCAGACACUGACAAGGCCCCUGGGUUCUCGCAUCGCCUACCUGAAGAUUUCUAUUUGUCGCAAAAACUGUCACGGUUUACAAUCAAAGACUAGAUUAACUCCUUAUCUGGUUUAAAGAGAAAACAACUGUUUUUGAACCAUAACGGCAUCAUCUAUGAUUUCUUUUCACUUUCCUCUGCGGUGUCGAGGGCUUUUGUGCGUGUCGAUCAGAGAGGUGGCAGGAGAGCGCCAUUUAAAUGUAAAUGGCAUUUUGAAUCGGUUGAUGAGGAGAGUUGGAAUACAAAAGUGGGGUUGAGGCUGGGAGAGCGAGGAGUGGGCGUAAGAAGUAGUGGAGUGUUCAAGCUCGAUCUGUCAAAGCAUAGAUUUAGUUUUGUGCUGCUUCUUGUUCUAUUUUACACCCUCCGCCUCUCCCUGUCCAUGUACUGACUCUUGGAUCUUGGCGCUUUUUACUGAUAGGGAUUUUGCCAUAAAACGAAAGCCCCAUUCCUCACUGCUGUUUCUGCUGCAGGGAGCCAGUUGCCCUGUGUUCAGAGGUGGAGCUGGCUGGUCAGCCCAGUGUUAUAUUUAUUAGAGAACAUGAAAUAAUAAUUUCUUAUUGGACAAGGCCAGGUAGUCCCUCCCUGCUUCACCCUAUUGUCUUCCAUUUGGUGCCUACAGAAUGAGACCCGGGCUAUGGUAAGAAGUCAGCAUGAGAGGUCAGAGUUCAGUCUAGGCGAGAACCUCUAAAGUUGACAGUGCCUAUUGUCAGUGUCAUUUAAUUUCCUGUCAAAGCUAGUAACUACUUCAACCAUUGUCAUUAUAAAAAGUUCAAAGACAUUAAUACACACAGCCUGCUUCCCAUAGCCUUGUUUAAUAAUCAGGGUGUGCCAUUGCUGUGCCAAACCAUUUUACCUAUGGCACAGAUUUCAUGACCGAGGGAAACGCAGUUAAGCUAAAGCUUCCCAUCAGUAGAUGGCAUUCUCAAUUGUUUCAGCCUCUUUUUCUGUUAUUUAUGUUCAAAAGAUAACAUAUUUUAUAGGUGGUUAAAAUUACACUUUUGUUGUUCUAUGAAACAUUACCAUUUUAUGAGCAUACUGGAGUGUUUUGUCUGUUUUUGCAUGUGAAGCCAAGUGUUUUAAAUGAUGUAAGUAGUACAUUUUGGUUAAAUGGCUUGAUUAAAAAUGAUUUUCACUUUAAUUGUUUCUAAACAUCAAGACUUUAUGAGGGUGGGGAGAAAGGUUUUAUUUUAUUUCUGCAAAAACAUUUGACCAAAUGUACAUGAUUUUUUGUAAGAAUUUGAAAAUGAACAUAUUAAUACUGACCUGUGAAAUGUACAGUAUUUUAUUGCAGUUACUUUUUAUAACAAAUCUUCAAUAUGCGAGUGAGAACCAUUCUAAGCCUUUUGCGUGUGUUGUCGUAGCAUGCUGUUAAACUGUUCAUGUGCAUCAGUAGUAUGCUUAGGAAGUCAAAGCAUUUGUUGACAAUUCAGUGGUUGAAAAUGUUGAGGGGGAAUUUUUGAUGGCCCAUUCUUUGUGGUUGCACAGGACAUAGUAGGUUUUGUAUUAAAAGUGCAAAUACUU